AGAGAGAACCUGUGGAGUGCAUGAACUUAUCUGUAUUAGAAAAGUAUCUCCAGAAGCAGUUGGAUUUUUGUCAGCUGUUGGGGUGUUUAUUAUCUUGAUGCUGCUCCUUUUUCUCUAUAUUAAUAAGAAGUUCUGUUUUGAAAAUGUUGGAGGGUUUCCAGAUCUUGGUUCAGGAUAUGAUACAAGGAGGAAUUCACAAGAUAAAAUGUAUAAUUCCUAUAUGGAUAAAGAUGAGUGUGGUUCAUCCUCUGAAAGUGAAGAUGAAGCACUGGGUAAAUAUCAAGAGGCCUUAUCCAGAACGCACAAUUCUAGACUGCCACUGGUUGACUCUAGACAGACAAACUAUGGCUGGGAAACAAGGCAAAAAUACAGUCCUUUAUCGGCAGAGUAUGAUGGAUACAGCAGUGAAGCAUCAAUAGAUGAAGGAAACUGCAUUCAGAGGAUGAGAAGAACGCCCCCACUGGAUGAACUGCAGCCACCACCCUAUCAGGAUGACAGUGGUUCUCCCCAUCUCUCAUGUACACCCUCAGAAAUUGGGGACAGUAAAUGUGAAUUUUCCCACUGCAACAACAGUCCAAGAUGCUCAUACAACAAGUGCCCAAGUGAAGGAAGCACAGGUCAUGAAAUAGAAAGUUAUCAUAAUAAAGGAUACGAAGAAGAUGUUCCAAGUGACAGCACUGCAGUCCUGAGCCCAGAAGACAUGUCAGCUCAAGGAUCCUCUUCACAGCUUCCUAAACCUUUUGAUCCUGAGCCAGAAGCUAAAUAUGGCACACUGGAUGUGACUUUUGACUAUGACUCACAAGAACAGAAGCUUCUGGUAACAGUGACAGCUGUCACAGACAUCCCAACAUAUAACAGGACAGGUGGCAACUCAUGGCAAGUACACCUUGUUCUUCUACCUAUAAAGAAACAGAGAGCAAAAACCAGCAUCCAGAGAGGACCUUGCCCAGUCUUCACAGAAACAUUCAAAUUCAAUCAUGUUGAAUCUGAGAUGAUUGGAAAUUAUGCAGUUCGGUUUAGACUGUAUGGUGUACACCGCAUGAAAAAGGAAAAGAUUGUGGGGGAAAAGAUUUUUUAUUUAACAAAAUUGAAUCUUCAAGGGAAAAUGUCAUUACCUGUAAUACUGGAACCUUCUUGCAAUCAUUCUGGCUGUGACUCCCAAAUGAGCGUGUCAGAAAUGUCGUGUAGUGAAAGUACCUCCUCAUGUCAUUCUCUGGAACACGGCUCAGUUCCAGAAAUUCUCAUUGGCCUGCUUUAUAAUGCCACAACUGGACGAUUAGCAGCAGAAGUGAUAAAAGGCAGCCACUUCAAAAACUUGGCAGCAAACAGACCACCCAAUACAUAUGUUAAGUUAACACUGCUGAAUUCCAUGGGCCAAGAGAUGUCCAAAUGCAAGACAUCCAUCCGCAGAGGGCAGCCAAAUCCCGUGUACAAGGAAACUUUCGUUUUUCAAGUGGCUCUAUUUCAACUUUCUGAUGUGACACUGAUACUGUCUGUGUAUAACAAACGCAGCAUGAAAAGAAAGGAGAUGAUAGGCUGGAUUUCUUUAGGUCUGAACAGCUCUGGAGAAGAGGAACUCAAUCACUGGACUGAAAUGAAAGAGUCAAAAGGACAGCAAGUAUGUCGAUGGCAUGCAUUACUAGAGUCGUGAUGGAUAGGAUAAACAGGAAAUUGAUCCAAGGCAGCAUUAUUUCUGAUUACAACCCUGCUGUUUUGACCUGGUCACCAUGAGAAGAGCUGUGCUUUGGAGAAUCAUACUCAACAAUCUACCAAAAUGCUUUAAAGUCUAUGAGAAAGAACAUCUAAUGCCGACAUAAAUGAAGAAAAGAUCUGUCUCUGGUAGCCUUUGUUUGAGAAGCUUAUGUCACUCUUGUUAAAUUAACAACCCUCUGGAAAAUGAAUAACAGGCCUUUGAGUUGAAGUUAAUUUUACUUUAGCAAAAGAGCCAGUCAUUUUGUGGAAGAUUAUCGAUGAUUUGAAAAAUCAGAAUUUUAGUUGCAACAUUACUUUAAAUACCUACAUAUACUUUGACUUGCCAGUCCCUGGUAUUUAUAAAUUUCUUUAAUGCUCGCCAACACUAUCGUGAGUCGUAUAUAACGGCGAAGGGUUUCAAUCACAUUGAAGAUAGGUCAUUUCAGAAAGUGAUGUGCUAUUUCCGUGCCCUUCAUUUCUUUGUGCCUCGGUUCUUUUCCAUAGCAUUAAAUCUAAUUGUAAGCAGUUUACCAUCUUCAUAAAGGAAUUUUUAAGAGGUGUUAUUUUUUAAGAAGUUUACUUCUUCUUUUUCCUCUGCUUUUGCCUGACCCAAAGAGACCAAGUCAUCGACUGGUCCCUUGCGCCUUUUAGACAGGUUGUACUGUAGAACUACGUAACUUUCUGUUGAAAGCACUUCCUGUAUUCUUGUAUUCCAAUGUAGGAAGCCCAUAGAGCAGAACUUUAUUUUAGAAUUUCUUUCAGUGAUUAACUCUACCACUAGUAAUGUGAGAAUUCAUUAUUUUCUUGCAAAUCGGAAAAUACAGUAGAUAUAAGGUGUGGAAGACUAAAAACAAUUCAAGUUUAACCAAAUUUGAAUGAUCUGCUCUAAGUAUUUAGUAACCAACACUGCAUAAGUCAGGUAGAGUCAAAAUAAGAAACUCUUCUAUCUCUAAAUUUUCACUCUAACUUCAAUAUCUGUGGUGGGAUAAAGACUGUCCAGCUCUCAGUUAGAAUCAGAACAUCAAGUUCAAAACAGUUCUGAGAUUCCUUAAGAAGUUUCUAGUGACUUGUGACUAGGCUAUAUGAAAUUUCCAGAUACCUUUCUUCAACGUGAUGUCAUCCUGUGCCUUUCAUGUAAGUUCAAUUUGCUCAUACAGCUUGCAAGUUGUAUUUGCAAAAUUAGGCCUUCGAUUUUUAUUAAAUGUAAAGAUUCCUCAG